UACUUCUUGUACAAUACAACAAGAAGUCACAUACUCAGACCUUCCUCUCUCUUUCUGUCUCUCUCUCCAUUGCACCUUCCCUUCUUCUUUUCUCUGUCAUUUCUGAGAUUCCUUUACUGGUUUUUUCUCUUGUACAGAUUUCUAGCUACAACACCCAGAUAUCAAUUUCUGUAAUUCUGUUUGUUCUGUGAUGUUUAUGUGAGUUUUUUUAAGGACAGUAAAACAUAAACUCUUCUGGGUGUAUUGGCUUCUGCUGCCUUUAUUCUUGCAAACUCUUUUCUGGGUUUGAUGCAGAAGAAAGCCUUCAAUACCCACUAAUACAAGCCUUCAAAGAAACUGGUAUUUAAAAAAAAACAUUUUUUUCUUUUUUGUUAAAAAAUUUUUUGCCCCUUUUUUCUGCAAUUUUUUUCUACAUAUUUUCCCCUUUACUUGAGGAAAAGUUUGAGACAUGGGCAAGCAAGGGCCUUGCUAUCACUGUGGAGUUACGAGCACACCACUUUGGCGUAAUGGGCCACCUGAGAAGCCUGUACUAUGCAAUGCAUGUGGAUCUCGAUGGAGGACAAAGGGAACACUUGCAAAUUAUACCCCUUUGCAUGCACGGGCAGAAAAUGCUGAUUAUGAGGAUCAAAAGGUUUCCAGGGUAAAAAGCAUAUCAUUAAAUAAGAACAAAGAAGUGAAAUUGGUCAACAGAAAGCAGAACUAUGAUAAUGCUGCAUCUGGAGGGUUCGUUCCAGAUUAUAAUCAAGGACACCUAAAGGUUGUGGAUGAAGAUACAAGCAAUAGAUCAAGCUCAGGGUCAGCUGUUUCUAAUUCGGAGAGCUGUGCUCAAUUUGGUGGCACAGAUGCUAGUGAUUUGACAGGUCCUGCUCAGUCAGUGGUCUGGGAUGCCAUGGUGCCUUCUAAAAAGAGGACAUGUUCAGGUCGUCCAAAGCCUUCAUCUGUUGAGAAGCUCACGAGAGACCUGUGUACUAUUCUUCACGAACAACAGUCUUAUUUCUCUGCAUCUUCUGAGGAGGAUCUUCUUUUGGAAAGUGACACACCAAUGGUCUCUGUUGAGAUAGGACAUGGAAGCAUUCUCAUCAGGCAUCCUAGCUCUAUAGCCCGUGAUGAAGAGUCUGAGGCCAGCUCUCUUUCAGUUGAUAAUAAACAGUGCCUAAUGAAUGAAGCAUAUUCAUUCUCUAGUACGAUUCCUUUGUAUAGUAGUGACCACAGUGGCAUGAACUUCUCAUCUUAUGGAAUUGAAAAGAUCAAAAACUCAGCUGGUCAAAUCGUGCAACAAGAGAAACUUGAAAGGGACAAGUCUCAGCUUGAAAAACAAGUUCCUGGAAAUCACAAUUCACUGUUGUGCUCAAUAGAUUUAAAUGAUGUGGUGAACUAUGAGGAGUUUAUGAGGAACUUGACAAAUGAAGAGCAGCAGCAAUUACUAAAGUAUCUUCCUGUGGUUGAUACCUCUAAUUUUACUGAUAGCCUUAAAAACAUGUUCAGUAGCUUCCAAUUCAAGGAGAACUUGACUUAUUUUCAGCAACUUCUUGGGGAAGGUGUCUUUGACAUCUCUUUGUUGGGGACAAAACCUGAAGAAUGGAAGACCUUGAAAAGGCUUGUGUUAUCUAAUAUGUCAAAAUCAAAAUGGGUAGAACACUAUAAUUUUCUCAAGAAAUGUGAAAACAAAGCUGGAAAAACUAUUGGUCCGGGAUCUACUGCUAUGGAAUCAAGUAAUGUUAUAAACACCAAGAGAAUGCGUGAGCAUGACAGCCAAAAUCAAAAUUUUGCAGAAAUUUCAGAAUUGAAGACAACAAUGAGGAGCCCCAAAAGGGUGAACAUAAAUCCUACACGUGAAGGCAAAGAAGUUGUAGAAGAAGGCUCAAGCUUCAGCCCGAAAAGCCUUUUUUCUUUGCCCCAUGGUGUUGGGGGCUUGCACAUGUUGGAUUCUUUUAACUAUGUUGGUGAGAGUUCUGAGGAUCUGCUGUUAGAUGUGCCUUCUAACAGUUCUUUUCCGCAGGCAGAGCUUCUACUCCCAACUUUAAGCUAUGGUGCAAAGGUCUGCACCACUAGUAGCUCACUACACUCAACUGUUACUCAUCAUCCUUAAUAGGCUCCAAAUAUUUGCAUCUGAAACACCAAAAUUCCCGUACAAGAGUUAUGAUGGUUGUGUUUUUGUUUCCUUGCAACCUUGAGCUUGGAUUGCCAAAGGAUGGAAGUUGAAUGGGCUUUUUUUCAUUGUAUAGGUUGGUUAUAGAUUGUAACAUAUAGUAUGAAAUGCGGAGUGAUCAUCUCCGGAGUUUUGUAUGCAAUUGUAGUUUAUGUUUUCUUAAUGAUUUUCACAACCUUUUUUAUCUGAGUAGGUUGAAAUCUCAA